CCAUUCAGACAUCUUGCAUUUUAUUAAGUCUGCUCUUUCAGAUUUUUUUUCCUUCAUUAAAGAUACAGAUUAUAAUCCCAUCUGUCGGCGCACUUCUGCACAGACACGGUUAAUUUAUUUAUUUAUUGUGGCUCGAUCGCAUCCACGCCGUUUUCUCUCCCCCCCUUCUUCCUCGCGCUAACGGAUGUGAGGUUGGAGGCAGGACCGAGCCUCGCGUGCCAAAUCCGCGGAGUUUAGACGGUCUCUCACGGGGGCUCUCCGGCCGUAUUGUGCGUCAUCUCCAUCGCCGCCGUUUUCUUUCUUUUUUUUUUUUUUUUUAAACCCUGCUGAGGAAACAUGGCAACUCCCGCUGCGGUCAACCCGUCCGAAAUGGGCAGCGAGUUGCCGGGGACGGUAGCGAUGCCGGGGGCAGUCGGGUCCGGCCAGGUGAGGAUGGGAGGCGCCGUGGCAGGCCGUGGGGGCAAGAGGAGAUCAGGAGGAAUGGACUUUGACGAUGAAGACGGAGAGGGACCUAGCAAAUUUUCAAGGUAUGAUGAUGAUCAGAUUCCUGGUGGGGAUAAGGAGAGAUAUGCCAGGGAAAAUCACAGCGAGAUCGAACGACGCCGGCGCAACAAAAUGACCCAGUACAUCACCGAGCUGUCGGACAUGGUGCCCACCUGCAGCGCCCUGGCUCGGAAACCCGACAAGCUGACCAUCCUGCGCAUGGCCGUGUCCCACAUGAAGUCCAUGAGGGGCACCGGGAACACGUCCACUGACGGCGCCUACAAGCCGUCCUUUCUCACCGAACAAGAGCUGAAGCACCUGAUCCUGGAGGCCGCCGAUGGAUUUCUGUUCGUGGUCGCCGCGGAGACGGGCCGGGUUAUCUACGUGUCGGACUCGGUGACGCCGGUGCUGAACCACCCCCAGUCGGAGUGGUUCGGGAGCACCCUGUACGAGCAGGUCCACCCCGACGACGUGGACAAGCUGAGGGAGCAGCUCAGCACCUCGGAGAACUCCAUGACAGGAAGGAUUCUGGACCUGAAGACGGGGACGGUGAAGAAGGAGGGGCAGCAGUCCUCCAUGAGGAUGUGCAUGGGCUCCCGGCGCUCCUUCAUCUGCCGCAUGAGGUGCGGCAGCGCUCCGCUGGAUCACAUCUCCCUAAACCGUCUGUCCAACAUGAGGAAGAGAUACAGGAACGGCCUGGGACCGUCCAAAGAAGGCGAGGCUCAGUACUCGGUGGUGCACUGCACUGGCUACAUCAAAGCAUGGCCUCCCGCAGGAAUGACGAUACCGGAGGAAGACACGGAGGCGGGUCAGACCGGGAAGUACUGUCUAGUGGCCAUCGGGAGACUGCAGGUGACCAGCUCCCCGGUCUCCAUGGACAUGAACGGCCUGUCGGUCCCCACAGAGUUCCUGUCUCGUCACAACUCGGACGGGGUCAUCACCUUCGUCGACCCGCGCUGCAUCAACGUCAUCGGUUACCAGCCUCAGGACCUGCUGGGGAAAGACAUCCUGGAGUUCUGCCAUCCUGAGGACCAGAGCCACCUGAGAGAAAGUUUCCAGCAGGUGGUGAAGUUGAAGGGUCAGGUCCUGUCGGUGAUGUACCGCUUCCGCAUGAAGAACAGGGAGUGGAUGCUGAUCCGAACCAGCAGCUUCACCUUCCAGAACCCGUACUCCGACGAGAUCGAGUACAUCAUCUGCACCAACACCAACGUCAAGCAGUUACAGCAGCAGCAGGCGGAGCUGGAGGUUCACCAGAGAGAUGGACUGACGGCCUACGACCUCUCGCAGGUCCCCGUGGCCAGCGUCAGCAGCGGCGUCCACGAGGCCGGCAAGAGCAUCGACAAGACGGAGGCGCUCUUCACCCAGGAGAGGGACCCGCGCUUCGCCGAGAUGUACACCGGCAUCUCCGGCUCGGGAGAUAAGAAGAUGAUGGUUCCGUCCUCCACAGCUGGAGGACAGCAGCUGUACUCUCAGAGCUCUCCCUUCCAGCAGGGUCACUCAGGAAAGAGCUUCAGUUCCUCUGUGAUCCACGUCCCCGGUGUGAACGACAUCCAGCCGUCGGGCUCGUCCAAUCAGAACCUGGCUCAGAUCUCCAGACAGCUCAACCCGGGCCAGGUGGCGUGGUCCGGAAACCGCCCGCCGUUCUCUGGACAGUCCAGUAAAGCUCAGUCCAGCCCGUUCGGCAUCGGCUCGGGUCACAGCUACCAGACCGACCCGGCGUCCUACAGCCCCCUGUCGUCUCCCGCCACCUCCUCGCCCAGCGGCAACGCCUACUCCGGCCUGACGAACCGCAGCACGGCGUUCGACGUGUCGGGGGAGAGCAGUCAGAGCGGGGCCCAGUUCCAGGGCCGUCCCAGCGAGGUCUGGUCCCAGUGGCAGAACCAGCACCACUCGCAGCAGGCCGGGGAGCAGCACACACACCCCAACCCCAGCCAGACAGAAGUCUUCCAGGACAUGCUACCCAUGGCCGGGGACCCCACCCAGGGGACGGCCAACUACAACAUCGAGGACUUCGCCGACCUCGGCAUGUUCCCGCCUUUCUCCGAGUAGCCCCGCCCCCUCUCCGGCCCCGCCCCCUCUGACCCCGCCUCCUGCCAUCGCUCAGAACUGGACUGAUGUUUGCAUUUAUCUCUCAUGUUCCUGAUCUGUCUCGGUUUACCGCACGGCUGCCUCACCAACACACACACUCGGCGUCUGACGGCGCCCCCUGCAGGCCACUACCAGAAAAACCACGACCUCCAGGAUUUUACUCGCCCUCUGAAGGUGCACGUGCCGCCACGUGCACGAUCCCCUCCGCACGGGCUUCCCGGCAGGAUAGAACCGUCACCUCGGAACAGAAACCUCGAGCGUUUAUUCAGAAGUAAUCCCACUCUCACAACAAGGCGCUGAUAGCAAGAAACCAGGUGAUUUUUAUCGUAAAAGACGGGGAAACUUUAAUUAAUGGCGCCGUGCACUUGCAGCGUCGGCAACUUCUUCACGGUACUGUACUUCUCUCUAUCUGCGUCUUCAAGUCUGAGUUCACCGCCGAGAGGAAGUAACCGUGGUGUUCCAUCAUGGCUUAUCUGCAGGGCGAGGGCUUUGAAUACGAUGCUGAGAACACUGGAUUCAGAUCACGUCACGUCGUUUUUAUCUCACUUACAGUAAACUAGGAACUUAGUUUGUGACCAUGUUUUCACACGUCUGCCCGGAGCGUCGGCGAGCCGAAAAUGUCUUUAAAGAUGAGCAGUCGGAUGGAAAGGAUCGUCCAGAUGUUCAGGACCUGCAGCAGGAACUGUCAGAAUAACUCCGUCAGAUUGAUGUAAUGAGUGAAAGCAGUAGUGAAAGCGACAGCUGGAGAUCAGAACUGAAGACUGUGGAACAAACACACCGUUUCUGUGUGACAGUGACGGCAGACCCUGAGCCAUCCCGGCUUCAUGCUUCCUGCAGAAACAGUCAUAUUGAAGAACGGCCAGACGUUAAAAACUGGAAUCAUCUUAGCAAAAAGCAGCAGCAGUUUGAACUGAUUGCACGUUUUUACACUUCUUCUGCAGAACUACACCCUGGCGUUGAACAUGUGGUCACAAACUUUGUACAGCAGAGUGGGAACAAGAAUCGUUACAAAGAAGUCCGCUCCGGUUUUGAGUGGAAACGUGUCUGGGUUCAAUGAGGAUUGUUUGCCGAGCCGCUCACCUCCACCACCGCUGCCCCCUCCAUCCCACUUAUGUGUAACCUGUAAUAUGUAGUGAAGCCCUGAGCUGUAGAGAAAAAAAUGAAGAAAAACACACAAAAAAAAGAUGCGAGUGUAGAAGGAUUCUAUGUAUAAACAAAAUUUU